CAUUCAGGGCGGAGACUUUCCUCAACUUGCGCUCUAUAAAUACACGCACUAUUAAAGCGCAUGCAACAUUGUGUGAUUCAUAAUCAUCAACAGGAUCAACCUUCUCUCACAUUCUAGAGACUACAGGAACUUUUCCCGUAGACAAGCUUUCAAACCAGAUUAUCCAAGGCAGAUUUCUCUUUUAUUUACAAUGAACUAAAAAAUAAUACAAGGUAACGUUGACUUUUUGAAAACUCUCCAAAUCGCAUUUAGACUACUUUGACCCUGCAUUGGUUUCAACCAUGCUGGACCUGAAGAAGUACUUCACAGACGGCCUGAUCCAAGUGGCUAUUCUUCUCAGUCUGGCUGGGAUGCGCGUGGACGUGGAUCCUUACCUGCCCCCUCUUGGUAGAGUCCUAGUUGGCCCAAGUUCAUCUGUAACUCAAACUCAAUUCCACAACCUCCGAAACAUGCUAGAUGGAUAUAGCCUCCACCCGAAAAGCAUUGAUUUGGAUGGGUUCUUCACAGCCCGCAGGCUUCUGAGUUGGGUACGCUCCCUGGAUCACCUGCAGGUGCCAGCACCGGAGUUGCAGGCCUGGUUGGUCAACAGGGAGCCGGAGAACGGAGUGCCCAUUCCGUCUCAGAUGGGAUUUCUUGAGGAUGGUGGACUAGAAGAUGUGGAGGACCCCUCAGAGCUGAGCAUGAGGUUGAGCGUAGGAGAACUGGGAUAUGACACUGCUGAGGAUGACACUGUUGGGGCUGUUGGGCAUAUGUCGAGAAACCUCAAUUAUCCAGAACACGAUGAACUCUUUAAAGAGGAUGAAGAUGUACUGUGGGAACAGGAACAUCAUCCGGACCAGGUGGAAAAUGCAGAAACACAACCUCUUCAAAUGUAUAAUGAGGAGGAUUUUAUGCAGGAUGGCUGGAGAAACACAAAUCCAUUUCACAACCAGAUGUUUGAAGCGAAUGAACAGUUGUCAGGUGUAAGACAGGACGUGUCUCUUUCCAUUGAAGAGUGCUUACGUCUCAUCGAUACAACCUUCCUCCCAGGAGAUGAUCCAGAGUCAACAGGUCCUGAUGUACAAAACGUGGAACAACACACACUUCAGUUCCAGCAGCCCAUCUCUCCAUUGUUGCCUGAAGAUGAUUCCCCAUUCAGCAUAGAGCAACAAUGGCAAGAUGUUUUGGCUAUCAUGGAAUCACAGGAAAUGGAUACAGCUGAAACAAUAGACAAUUCUCACCACAAUAUCAGUGAAUCCGACAGGAAUAUUGAAUCUGUGGAAAACUUCAUUCAUCGGGAUGUUAGCCUUCAACAGGCAACUCUGCCAGGAUCCACCGAAGGUCUUGGCACAAACAGUUUCGCCUUGGAAGCAUCCGGUUGCAUUAACAAUAACUCAAGCUUGGAAACAUCUUCUAAUAUAAACACCCCAUUUGAAGACUCUGAUAUUAUAAAUCUCCUUCUAACCCCUGGAAUGAAUAGUUCAGUUAGCAGCAACUACCCACCAUCUACAUUGUUUGAGCAACAAAGCAUGUCAAGCCAUUUAGAUCCUCUGCUGGAAGAAGCCAUGCUUGAUGAAAUUAGUUUAAUGGAUUUGACCCUAGAAGAAUUAAGCCAAUCUCACUUUCUCCAAUUUGAAGCGAACAACCGAGCAGAUUCUGACUCUGGUUUAUCACUUGACUAUAGCCAAAGUCCCACUUCACCCAGUGGGUCUAAAUCUUCUGAUUCAUCAUCUUCAUGCUCUUCAUCACCAACCAGCCCACUCCCCAAUGUAAUGCCCGAAGAAGGAGCUGUGGGGUUCACCCAUAUUAAGGAAGAAGAGGAGGAAGCAAUAGGUGCCGAUGGCUACACACCAGAACAAACCAAAAUGUGUCAUGGUAGUUUUUUGGAAGCCAGACAGUUCCAUAAUCUCCCGUGGCUUGAGUACAUUGGACAUGAUCAUACCUACAACCAGCCUCGAACCUCCAUCCAAAAGAAAUCCCCGAAACACUCUUUUGACGAGUCGCCAAAGGGGAAAAUCCUGGAACACAUGUCCAGCCGUGACGAGAAACGUGCACGUGCGUUGAACAUCCCGUUCCCCAACGAAUUUCUCAUUAACUUACCCGUUGAAGAGUUCAAUCAGCUACUAUCAAAAUAUCAUUUCAGUGAUGCCCAGAUCACACUUAUAAGAGACAUACGACGUAGAGGAAAAAACAAAAUGGCUGCUCAGAACUGUCGGCGCAGGAAGCUGGAUGUCUUACUGGGUCUGGAGCGCAAUGUGGACGGCCUGCGACGUCAUCGCGCAAGACUGCUCAGGGAAAACACUGAGAUAUGUCGCUCAGUCAGGGACAUCAAGGGACGUAUUAACAGCUUGUAUCAAGAGGUCUGUGAAAGACUAAGAGAGGAACAAGGGUCGCUCUGCUCUGAAUACAGCUUCACCUCGCAGGAAGGUGGCACCAGGCCGGUUGAACUCGUUUCACGUAGAUCUGACUCCCACUCUAGACGUAAACUUAAAAGAAAAGACAAGAAGCGAAAGUCAUAAUGCUUGUUAGUCCUGCGUGACAAACAAUUAUAUUAGAGGAUCUAAUUAUACAGACUUAGCAGGAAUGCUCUCUGUAGCCAGGUCUACCUGCUGGUUUUUCAGUUUUCCAAGGGAAAUAGGCACCAGGCAAGGUAUUUUUUACUUGAGGGAUCAUUCUUGAAGAUCUGUCCUGAUGAUGGUGUUGGCACAUAAAACAAGUGGCACAACUUGCCAGAGGUUCUGAUGAAUGCGAGAACACUCAGGGUAUUCCCAAGUAUCAAAGUUACUUGACUUAAAACUAUGGCUUUUUGCCUUAACCCUGAAGUUAUCAGGUCCCACCCAAUGAGUAUUAUCUAUUGUUCACCCAAGGGAACACAAACCAUUAACAUUAGUGCGCUCCUUGUUCAAUGGCGGCAAGUUCUGGCGAAUUCACAAUUAAAUUUCUAUAACCCAAUGGUUCUCAAACUGGGGGCGUGAGAUGGUGCUGGGGGGCAGUUUUAUUUCAUUUUAUAAAAUACAUUAAUUUAUCAUAAAUUCUGUAUAAACCUCAGAAACAGGGUCCGAAAUUAACACCCGC